CCAACUCACCAAAACUCCAAGUUUGGGUAAAACUGGGAUUUUUUUCCUUUUCAGAUCCAUAAACUCGUUUUUUCAGACUCCGUUCGAGUUCAAAUCAAAGAAUCGUUUCCGAGUUGUGACAACGUAGAAUAGAGUUAUUCCCCCUCCCCCCCAAGAAUUAAGAUUUUUUUCAAGUGUAGGGUUCGAGUAUGUCGGUUGUGCGAAGAUGGAGCGAGGGAAUGUCCUCGGAUAAUGUUAAGGGUUUGAUUUUGGCUAUUUCUUAAAGUUUAUUUAUUAGGGCAAGUUUCAUCGUUAAGAAAAAAGGCUUGAAAAAAGCAGGUGCUUCUGGCGUCAGGGCAGGAGUUGGAGGGUAUUCGUACUUGCUUGAGCCACUUUGGUGGGCUGGCAUGAUAACAAUGGUCGUCGGGGAAAUUGCUAAUUUUGCUGCUUAUGCAUUUGCACCGGCAAUACUGGUCACUCCUCUCAGUGCUCUCAGCAUCAUUAUCAGUGUGGUACUUGCACAUAUCAUUUUGCGGGAGAGGUUACAUACUUUUGGGAUUAUCGGUUGUGCUUUGUGUGUUGUGGGCUCAACAACAAUUGUAUUGCACGCCCCCCCUGAACGUCAUAUUGAAUCUGUAGCAGAAGUUUGGACUCUUGCUACGGAGCCAGGAUUUUUGUUUUACACGGCUCUGGUCAUAACAAUUGUCUUUAUACUUAUAUUCCGCUUUGUUCCACAAUAUGGACAGACACACAUUAUGGUUUACAUUGGAGUAUGCUCUCUCGUGGGUUCUAUUUCGGUCAUGAGCGUUAAAGCACUCGGUAUUGCAUUGAAGUUAACAUUUUCAGGAAUGAAUCAGCUUGUGUAUCCACAGACAUGGGCCUUUACUUUAGUUGUGGCUACUUGUGUGAUUACCCAAAUAAAUUAUUUAAACAAGGCACUUGAUACUUUCAACACAACCAUUGUUUCUCCCAUGUACUAUGUUAUGUUUACGUCACUGACCAUUUUGGCUAGUGUGAUCAUGUUUAAGGAUUGGGAUAGGCAGACACCAACUCAGAUUAUAACAGAGAUGUGUGGAUUUGUGACAAUCCUCUCAGGAACUUUUCUUCUUCACAAAACCAAGGAUAUGGUUGAUGGUCCGAGUUUGUCAACGUCUAUGUCUAUGCGAUCAUUAAAGCAUGAAGAAGAGGAGGUGUUAAUUGAAGGCAUCCCUCUUAAGCGGCAGGACUCAUUGAGAAUACCUUAACUUAAGUUUUAGGACAUCACAGGCUAUUCCUACACGGCUCAAAUAGCGAGUGGGGAGAAACACCUCGAGGCCUCGAUGGUUGUAUUUUAUUACCAGCUUAUACAUUUUUUGGAGGGUACUUUGAGGUGGUGAGAUGAUUUUUCUUGGCCUUGUUUCUUUUAUUAUCAUUAACCCUUUGGCUUCAAGAUGAGACUAUACAUUUCAGCUAUGCGUCAGCAGCUGGUUGGGCGAGUAGGACAUCGCAGGGUCA